AUGGUGCUGAAGGCUAAGAAGGAAGCUCCUGCCCCUCCCUAAGCUGAAGCCAAAGCAAAAGCUUUGAAGGCAAAGAAGGCAGUGUUGAAGAAUGUCCACAGUCAUAAAAAGAAGAAGAUACACACGUCACCUACCUUCCGAUGACCCAAGACUCUGAGGCAGCCCAAAUAUCCUCAGAAGAGCGCCCUCAGGAGAAACAAGCUUGACCACUAUGCCACCAUCAAAUUCCCUCUGACCACUGAGUCAGCCAUGAAGAAGAUUGAAGACAACACACUUGUGUUUAUUGUGGAUGGCAAAGCCAACAAACACCAGAUCAAACAAGCUGUAAAGAAGCUCUAUGGCAUUGAUGUGGCCAAGGUUAACACCCUGAUCAGGCCUGAUGGAGAGAAAAAGGCAUAUGUCCGACUGGCUCCUGAUUAUGAUGUUUUGGACGUUGCCAAUAAAAUUGGGAUCAUCUAA